CUUUGCAUUAAAACGUGUUGUGAAAACAAACCACGAAAUGGAGGUGGACGAAGUGAAACUCGAGGAGACGCUGCCGGCAAAUCCCAAUCCCAACAUUAUAACUGAACGUAAUGCGAACAUUAUAUCUGGUGGAAAUGUCUUCUACAAUCCGGUGCAAGAGUUCAAUCGAGAUCUGAGCAUUGCAGUGCUAAAUGUGCAUUUCCAACGUCUGGCUAAAGAGCGUGCUGAAAAGUUGCUGAAGCAGCAGCAGCGCAGCAAGCUGAAGCAACAGGAGAAUGGCGAGCAGCUGACGCCAACACCGACAGAGGCAACGUCACCAGCCAACAACAAUUAUGUUGCUGGCACCAAAUAUGACGAUGGCAUGCGUAUUUUGGAAGCAUUGGCGGCAACGGGUUUGCGUAGCAUACGAUAUGCUCAGGAGAUAGCUGGCGUCAGGCAGAUCAUUGCCAACGAUUUGUCGCGCCAAGCUGUGGAGUCCAUCAACACCAAUGUGCGCCACAACGGAGUGGAGCAUUUAAUUGAGACAAGUCAUGCGGAUGCCAUGACGCUUAUGUACACUUCAACUGCACCGGAGAAGCGCUUCGAUGCCGUCGAUCUGGAUCCUUAUGGCUGUCCAAAUCGCUUCCUCGACGGCGCCAUGCAAUGCAUAGCCGAUGGCGGAUUGCUGCUAGUUACAGCCACCGACAUGGCGGUGCUGGCUGGCAAUGCACCCGAAGCUUGUUAUGUGAAGUACGGAUCGGUGCCGUUGCGGAUGAAGUGUUGUCACGAGAUGGCACUGCGGAUACUGCUGCACUGCAUCGAAUCGCAUGCGAAUCGUCAUGGCAAAUACAUUGAGCCGCUGCUCAGCAUCUCGGCGGACUUUUAUGUGCGCAUCUUUGUGCGCGUAUACGCUGGCCAGGCUCAGUGCAAGUACAGCAUGAGUAAACAAUCGUGGAUAUAUCAGUGCACCGGCUGUGAAACCUUCACACUUCAGCCACUGGGCACAGUGCGCGCUAAAUCUGCUGAGCAGCCGCAUCUGGUCAAGUUUGGCAUACCAACGGGACCAGCGGUGAACACACUGUGCGAGCACUGCAAUCAUCGCCAUCAUCUGGGCGGUCCCAUUUGGUCAGCGCCCAUUCACAACAUGCAGUUUGUUGAGCAACUGCUGGAGGCGGUGCAGACAACGCCACUGAAGGAGCUGGGCACACAACGUCGUAUUGUUGGUGUGUUGUCGGUUGUCCAAGAGGAGCUGCCAGACAUUCCCUUGUACUACACGCCCGACAAACUGUGCUGUGUGCUCAAGCUUGAGAUUGUGCCCAUGCUCAAGAUGCGCUCAGCUCUGCUACACGCUGGCUAUCGUGUCUCCUAUUCGCAUGCCAGCAAAAACUCACUGAAGACAGAUGCCCCUCCGGCGGUGCUCUGGGAUCUCCUGCGUUGUUGGAGCAAACGGCAUCCGGUGCGCGAGGAUCGCAAGAUACCAGGCACGCCUUUAGCUGCGAUCUUAGCGAAACCUUGCAGCCAGGAUUACGAGUUCGAUCAGCUGCAUGCGGCUGCCAAUCCUAGUAGUCGCAAAAAUGCCUUAUCGCGAUUCCAGGAGAAUCCAGCGCCACACUGGGGACCAGGCACGAGGGCCACCAUCAUGAUUGGUGAGAACAAGCUGCCGAAGAGUUAUCGUAACCAGAACAAAAAACAACGACACAAAGCGGCCCAGCAGACGACAGCAGCUGCUGCAGACGAGGAGGCAUCGCCUCCGCCAAAGGAUGAAUUGCUGUCCAGCAAGAAAGCGAAGCUGUCGCCGACGACUGCGUGACCAGCUUCAUAUCGUCGCUCUGUCAAUUUGUAUUUGCAAUUUGUCCCAAAUAAUUACGUUACAAUUGAAAACAACAAAAUCAACUGUCUGGUGUGGUUUAUGAAUCAUGUUUGUGCUAAUAGCGGAAGAAGUUGCCAUCGGAUGUCUGGCGAGAGAAACCAUUGUUGACCAGCUGAGUGUGGACGCCGCUGCAGAUCAGCUUCACACUGGACGGAUGAAUCUUCUCCUUGAUGCCACCUACAGGCAGAGUAAGAUAAGUCUCACAAUCCUUUAAUAUUAUUUAUGGGAUUUUUGUGUCGCUUACCUAUGCUCAAUGGAUGACCCAGAGCAUCCUCCAUUUUAACGCGCACCACACGCGUAUUGCGCAGCACCCGAAACAGAUUCAGUUUGCUCACAGCGCCCACUUCGCGCUGUCCGUGGGGUGCCGACCAGCUCAUCAUGGCCGGACACGUGUCUCGCUGCAUCAGCACAUCGAUCUUGUCGGGAAACGUUUCCCUUCCGUGAUCGUAGCGAGCUUGCAACUGCAGAUCCAGUGAAUCCUUUGGUAUAUUCACAUUGCCCCUGAAUCGCUUGCUAUAGCGCACCGAGCUCAUCGUCUGAUGGUAGAACAAACGCUCGUGCGGCUUCAGAUGGCCAUGCCAGUUGUCCGAUGGAUUCGCUGGUGGCGGAGGCUGCGGCAUGCGGCAGAUGUAGGUGCCCUCCAUGCGCAGAUCUGGUUCGUAGGAGUCAUUCUUGGCUAUUUGAUUUCGAUACGUCAUCUCAAGAGAAUUUAUA